UUUAUCUCUUCCCCUGGCGUCGGGUCUUCUGAAGAGAGCGAAGCAUUAGAGAGGAUGGCUUCCCCCAAGUGGGUCGCUUGGGCUCUCCUUUUUGGUUUGCUGAGCUCAGUCCUCAUGUCUUCCUCCUCCUCUCCCGAUCCCGCCGGAUUCCUCCAGAGGGCCAAGGAAUCAGAGUUCUCGGACUGGAUGGUGGGCAUCAGGAGGAGGAUCCACGAGAAUCCGGAGCUCGGGUACGAGGAAUUCGAGACAAGCGAGCUCGUCAGGAGGGAGCUUGAUGCCAUGGGCAUCGCCUAUAAGCAUCCGAUCGCCGUCACGGGUGUUUCGGGCUUUGUUGGCACGGGGAAGCCUCCGUUUGUUGCGUUGAGGGCCGAUAUGGAUGCCCUCCCGAUGCAGGAGAGCGUGGAGUGGGAGCACAAAAGCAAAGUCCCUGGCAAGAUGCAUGGAUGUGGCCAUGAUGCCCAUGUCGCAAUGCUGCUAGGUGCUGCCAAGAUCCUUCAGGAGUGUCGUGAUGAGCUGCAGGGUACAGUCGUCCUUCUUUUCCAACCAGCUGAGGAAGGUGGCGGCGGGGCACAAAAAAUGAUAGAAGCUGGAGCUGUGGAGAAUGUUGAUGCUAUUUUUGGGUUUCAUGUAACCCAUGAGUUACCUAUUGGUGUCGUGGCAUCCAGGCCUGGGCCGAUUAUGGCUGGGAGUGGGUUCUUUGAGGCUGUAAUUAGUGGGAAGGGAGGCCAUGGUGCGUUACCUCAGGAAACAAUAGAUCCAAUUUUAGCUGCAUCAAAUGUGGUUGUAAGCUUGCAGCAUCUCAUUUCUCGUGAAGCUGAUCCCUUAGAUUCACAGGUUGUAACAGUGGCGAAAUUUCAAGGAGGUGGCUUGUUUAAUGUCAUUCCAAAUUCUGUUACAAUUGGUGGCACCUUCCGUGCUCUUUCAAAAGAAAGCUUUUCUCAACUGAAGCAAAGAAUUGAGGAGGUAAUUGUUGCGCAAGCAUCCGUGCAGAGGUGCAACGCUACUACGGACUUUUUGGACAGAAAGCACCCUUUCUACCCUACGACAGUUAACAGCAAAGAUCUUCAUGAGCACUUCCAGAAGGUUGCAGAGGAAAUGCUUGGUUCCAACAGUGUCAUAGAGAGGCAACCAGUGAUGGGAGGCGAGGACUUCGCUUUCUUUGCUGCGGCCGUUCCCAGGGCAUAUUACUACUUUGUGGGGAUUAAGAACGAUUCACGCGGACCACAAUAUCCUGUGCACUCUCCAUACUUCGCCAUCAACGAGGAGGCACUCCCAUAUGGUGCAGCCCUGCAUGCAUCUCUUGCUGUGCGGUACCUUUCUGAAAACCGUAGCUCAUCUCCGUCCAAUGCCAAUGUCCACGAUGAACUCUAGAUAUUCUUUUCCGUUUCUGGUGUCUCCAGACGCUGCAGAUGAAUUACAAGGCUUUUAUGCAGGCGGGCUGUGUUUUUGAUUUGACACCGGAGCACUCAAUAACUGUAUGCUGAGAUCAUGUCAGUAUUUAUAAUAGGCCGUGAUUUUUUCAUGCACCACUAAAUGGUCAAUUUUUUGUGUAAUUAUCUUCUGUUCAUGCCAAGAGUCUGUUUGGAAAAUCCAGCAAAUCUAACUCAAUUUUGCUAGAUUUUUCAUUGGAUCAUGUACAGGACUUAUUUAAAUAAGGGUCAUAUCAAUCCAAUCUGUCUCCAUCCCAAAUGCCAUGG